CAGCGCACGGUAACCGCACAAGCCAACGUUCCAGCCACUCGCUCGUCCCCGAUCGCAGUAGCAAUCAACAUCCGAUGAUCAUUGAUAUCGAUCUACACAAUUCACAUCUUGAGUGGUGAUCGAUCUUGUUCAUCUUCUUGAUCGUCGAUCGAUCGGGGUGCCACUGGUCUUUUGACGCCCGCGGUGGGGUACGUCGAUGGCGGCGAGCUACGCAUGCCGGCGUCCCUGCGAGUCUUGCAGCACGAGGGCGAUGGCGGGGAGUGUCGUCGGCCAGCCGGUGGCGCCGGGGCAGAGGGUGACGAUCCUGACCAUUGACGGUGGCGGCAUCCGAGGCCUCAUCCCAGGCACCAUCCUCGCCUUCCUCGAAGCCAGGCUGCAGGAGCUAGACGGGCCGGACGUGCGCCUGGCGGACUACUUCGACUGCAUCGCUGGGACGAGCACUGGUGGGCUCAUCACCGCCAUGAUCACCGCGCCCGGCAAGCACAGGCGCCCGCUCUUCGCCGCCAAGGACAUCAAUCGCUUCUACCUCGAGAACGGCCCAUACAUUUUCCCCCAAAGGCGAGUCUCUCCAUAGAUUACUGUUUCGUGGACGAAAACGUACAGACAAUCUCAUCAAUCUGACCUGAAGUGGAGACGGAGUUUUGGC